CCCACCUCCUCCCGCGGGCGUGGGCUCUGCCCGAUUACGGCUCGGCGCCCACGUGACGCGCCGCCUGCUGUCUCCGCGCGCGUGGCCGGAGGACAGCGCUGUGCGGCCGCGGCUCGCCGGGCGCCUGGGGCGGGGACGUGGCCGGGCAGGGAGGCUCGGGGUCCGGAUCCCGGCCGGCGGGCACGGAUGGGCGCGAGGCUCCAGCCAUGCAGAAGAGCGUGCGCUACAACGAGGGCCACGCGCUGCACCUGGCCGGGCUGGCGCGCAGGGAGGGCACGAAGCGCGGCUUCCUGAGCAGGCGCGCGGCCGAGGCGAGCCGCUGGCACGAGAAGUGGUUCGCUCUCUACCAGAAUGUGCUCUUCUACUUCGAGGGCGAGCAGAGCGGCCGCCCCGCUGGCGUCUACCUGCUGGAGGGCUGCAGCUGCGAGCGCGCGCCUGCGCCCCCCAGGGCCACCGCGGGCGCCGGCUCCGCCCGCGACGCGCUGGACAAGCAGUACUACUUCACCGUGCUCUUCGGCCACGAGGGCCAGAAGCCCCUGGAGCUGCGCUGCGAGGAGGAGCAGGACGGCAAGGAGUGGAUGGAGGCCAUCCACCAGGCCAGCUAUGCAGACAUCUUGAUUGAGAGGGAAGUGCUAAUGCAGAAGUACAUGCACCUCGUUCAGAUCGUAGAGACGGAGAAAAUCGCCGCUAACCAACUUCGACACCAACUUGAAGACCAGGACACAGAGAUUGGAAGGCUUAAAUCAGAGAUUAUUGCUCUCAAUAAAACCAAGGAACGGAUGCGCCCUUAUCAGAGCAACCAAGAAGAUGAGGACCCGGACAUCAAGAAGAUUAAAAAGGUCCAGAGCUUCAUGCGAGGCUGGCUAUGCAGGAGGAAGUGGAAGACCAUAGUGCAGGACUACAUUUGCUCGCCCCAUGCCGAAAGCAUGCGCAAGAGGAACCAGAUUGUGUUCGCCAUGGUGGAGGCGGAGUCAGAGUACGUGCACCAGCUCCACGUGCUGGUCAACGGCUUUCUGCGGCCCCUGCGCAUGGCUGCCAGCUCCAAGAAGCCGCCCAUCAGCCACGAUGAUGUCAGUAGCAUUUUCCUCAACAGUGAAACAAUCAUGUUCCUUCAUGAAAUAUUUCAUCAAGGACUCAAGGCCAGGAUAGCGAACUGGCCCACUUUAAUUUUAGCUGAUCUGUUUGAUAUCUUGCUGCCCAUGCUGAACAUUUACCAAGAAUUUGUGCGGAAUCACCAGUACAGCCUCCAGGUGCUGGCCAACUGCAAGCAAAACAGAGAUUUUGACAAACUCUUAAAGCAGUAUGAAACCAACCCUGCCUGCGAAGGGCGGAUGCUGGAGACGUUCCUGACCUACCCCAUGUUUCAGAUCCCCAGGUACAUCAUCACGCUGCACGAGCUCCUGGCCCACACGCCCCAUGAGCACGUGGAGAGGAAAAGCCUGCAGUUUGCUAAAUCGAAACUGGAGGAGCUGUCCAGGGUGAUGCACGACGAAGUGAGCGACACGGAGAACAUUCGGAAGAACCUGGCCAUCGAGAGGAUGAUUGUGGAGGGCUGCGACAUUCUGCUGGACACCAGCCAGACGUUCAUCCGCCAAGGUUCUCUUAUUCAAGUACCUUCCGUUGAGAGAGGGAAACUUAGUAAAGUUCGCCUGGGUUCACUGUCUUUGAAAAAGGAAGGAGAGAGGCAGUGCUUCCUGUUUACAAAACACUUUUUAAUUUGUACAAGAAGCUCAGGAGGAAAGCUCCAUCUGCUGAAGACAGGUGGGGUUCUCUCGCUCAUAGAGUGCACGCUGAUCGAGGAGCAGGACGCCAGUGAUGAUGAAUCCAGGGGCUCUGCGCAGAUGUUCGGGCACCUGGACUUCAAGAUCGUGGUGGAGCCCCCCCACGCUGCUCCAUUCACCGUGGUCCUGCUGGCCCCUUCGCGCCAGGAGAAGGCGGCCUGGAUGAGCGACAUCAGCCAGUGUGUGGACAAUAUACGGUGUAAUGGCUUAAUGACGAUUGUCUUUGAAGAGAAUUCCAAAGUUACUGUGCCACAUAUGAUAAAGUCCGACGCCCGGCUGCACAGGGACGCGGCCGACAUCUGCUUCAGCAAGACCCUCAACUCCUGCAAGGUGCCGCAGAUCCGCUGCGCCAGCGUGGAGCGCCUGCUGGAGCGGCUCAGCGACCUGCGCUUCCUGAGCAUCGACUUCCUCAACACCUUCCUGCACACCUACCGCAUCUUCACCUCGGGGGCGGUGGUGCUGGCCACGCUGGCCGACGUCUACCGGCGCCCCUUCACCGCCAUCCCGGUCAGGUCAGGGCCCACAGCCGCUCAGCUGCGGCCGCCUGCAGCCGCCCUGGAGUCUACAUCAGCGGAGAGCACCCUGGCGGACACCUCGGAGCUGUCUCCUUGCAGGUCCCCCUCGACGCCCCGGCACCUCCGCUACCGCCAACCUGGAGGACAGACCCCAGAUGGCACCCACUGCUCCGUGUCACCAGCUUCUGCUUUUGCAAUUGCCACAGCUGCAGCGGGACAUGGGAGUCCCCUGGGAUUCAACAACAUGGAGAGAACGUGUGACAAAGAGUUCAUCAUACGCAGGACGGCCACCAAUCGGGUCCUGAACGUCCUCCGCCACUGGGUCUCAAAGCACGCACAGGAUUUUGAACUCAACAGUGAACUAAAGAUGAAUGUGCUGAAUCUGCUAGAAGAAGUUUUGCGAGACCCAGACCUGCUCCCCCAGGAGAGGAAAGCCACGGCAAACAUCCUGAGGGCGCUGUCCCAGGAGGAUCAGGACGACAUCCACGUGAAGUUAGAGGACAUAAUUCAGAUGACUGACUUUUCGAAGGCCGAGUGCUUCGAGACCUUGUCGGCCAUGGAGCUGGCUGAGCAGAUCACACUGCUGGACCACGUCAUUUUCAGAAGCAUCCCCUACGAAGAGUUUCUUGGGCAGGGAUGGAUGAAGCUGGACAAGACCGAGAGGACGCCCUGCAUUAUGAAAACCAGCCAGCACUUCAACGACAUGAGUAACCUGGUGGCCUCACAGAUCAUGAGCCACGCUGACGUCGGCUCCCGCGCCAGUGCCAUUGAGAAGUGGGUGGCGGUGGCAGACAUUUGCCGAUGCCUGCACAACUACAACGGCGUGCUGGAGAUCACCUCAGCCUUAAACAGAAGCGCCAUCUACAGGCUGAAGAAAACUUGGGCCAAAGUGUCCAAGCAGACAAAAGCUGUGAUGGACAAGCUUCAGAAGACUGUUUCAUCUGAAGGAAGAUUUAAGAAUCUCAGAGAAACCCUUAAAAAUUGUAACCCCCCAGCGGUUCCCUAUCUCGGGAUGUACUUGACAGACCUGGCAUUUAUUGAGGAGGGAACCCCAAACUUCACUGAAGAAGGCCUUGUCAACUUCUCCAAAAUGAGAAUGAUAUCACACAUCAUCCGAGAGAUACGCCAGUUCCAGCAGACCUCGUACCGCAUAGACCAUCAGCCAAAGGUCACACAGUACUUGCUUGAUAAAGCCCUCAUCAUUGAUGAAGAUACACUCUAUGGGCUCUCACUGAAGAUUGAACCUCGACUCCCUGCUUGAAGACCUGGCCUUUCCCUGUGAUCUCAGCACUGCCACCAUGGACAGCGAGACAGAUGGAAUGUGCAUGCUGUGCAUCACACCGAGCCCGGGGGAUGGGAAGAUGAAGCCAGGCUCCUCUGCCCACCAGAGAUGGAACCAGACUGAAUUCUGUCUGCACCCAGAAUGAAAGCCAGCUGUGUGGGUCAGAGAUGGGCACUUCAGCCUUGGGUGGGAAGGGGCAAAGACUGGCGUAGGUACAGCUGGUGGAGCACUUUAUGUGAGAGAUUGUAAGAGGGGAGAUGCUGUAUGAGAAGGUAGGUUUCCCUCUGUCCACGUUCUGUGAGAACUUGGGGACAAGGACCCACAGAGCAGACCUGAUGGCACUUUACUGGCCGAGACGCACCCACGAUCUCCUGGGAUUUAACUGCUUCCAUUUCCCGUGGUCACAGGCGUCCUCCCUUGGGCCAGCACAUGAGCAGUGCCUCUGUGUGUAGCAUGUGCAUGGUGACUCAUCAUGUGGGAGGUGUGGCGUGACCUGACAACAGGACAGGAAAGAAAUGGUGAAACCCAAGUGCAUUUGUUGGUAGCAUUUCCUUAAAAGCAACAGCGGAUUCCAGCCAAUGGGUGUCUUGGAGUGUGGGAGGGGACCUCUUUCCUCCUCAGAGACAGCUGCAGGGUUUGCAGAAGGUUGCACGCCACCUCACCGAUGGAACUGUAGAAGACAGAGACCACAAAGUGCUAUGGCAAGAAGGAGUUUCCUGCCCUGUGAGAACAGACAGCUAGAACCCACCUCUGCAUCCUGCUUGACUUGAUUUCUUCGCUGCCCAAAGUACUGCAGAACUCUUUUCUGAUUACACAUAAGCUUGCUACAAACAUGGGUUGUGUUGUUUAAAAACUGUCUUGUGGGAUUUUCUUUUGAAAGCCCAUACUUCCUGUGCUGCUAGUAGAUAGUCUUCCUUUACCCCAGCCUUCUCUGUUGAAAAUGCUCUGAGGUCAUUCCCGUGUCACUGAGGGGGAAAUGGACUCAUCUACGCAACAGCUUUUCCAGCAGAACAAAUGCAGGCCGGGUCCUGCUGCCAGGGCUUAGGGCGUGGGCUUGUUCUUCCCAAGAUGGCAGCCACGGAGGAAGUGGGCUGUUGCAUUGUUUACUUCCCUCUCCUCUUCUCAGGGAGUCUGCUGCUCUAAUAUAGGAGAGAAAACGAUACAGAGUAACUGCUCCCUGAGCCCACUGACCCAACACUCUCCCUUAGAGGCACGAAGCUUACUGAGGUUGACAAUGAAGAACUGAUCUCCCUAGCCAUUUUGUCUCUCUUUGCAAUUAGAUUAUUUGCUCAACAGCUGGCUAAUCCUCCUGGCGACUCUUAGGACCUGCUGGCAGAGCUGGCCAGAUAAUGUGCCAUAGAAGCAGAGAAGGUGGCUUUCUGCACCGUCAGGGCCAUCUCUGGACAUAAUCCCAGGUGCGGCAUCAACUAAGUAAAAAAUUAUUCAUCAUACACGAAGACCACCCCAUCGUUUCCAUAGCUCACAGCAGGGUAGUGUUGAGCCCGAGGAGCCUUCCUUAUGGAUGCUUUAUAUUUCUUUUUUAAAGAAUGUUGCUUGUUCAUUCUCUUCAGUUUUAAGUAAGAGGCUGACACAUCUCGAUGCAUGAAGAGCGGCAUGGGCUGCUGGAUUCUAACGAUGCAUCCUCAUGACUCAUUCCUCAAUGCUCAGAAGCGGAGGGUUUGAAAUGAUGUGUUGAUGGCUCCAAACACCUCAAGGUCUUGCAGAAGAGGAGGAAAGUACAGUGAGCCUGCUUGGCUCCAGAAUACAGGCUGGGAGGUGAACUAGAAUCAGGACCACUCCAGGAGAGGUUCAGGCGCCACCUUCCGCUCUGCCUUGGCAUCCUUCCUCUGGCCCUCCAGGGGGACAGUGUGGCUCUGUCCGCCUUUCUUGGGGCUUGGACUCAAUCCCUCUGACCUGAGUGUUCCUGAGGCAUGGCAGCCUGCUCAUUAGGGUGCAGUGAGAGAUGGAGCAGCUUCAAGUACUCCUCCCUUCUGGAAGGCAGCUCUUCCCCACUAGUGAGAAAGCCUUGGUGUCCGUCUUCUGCAGUGUGUGGGGCGCGCCACCCAGUGGUCAUCCAUGGGCACUGCCUUUAGCAGGUUAAUGCAUUAGUGGGGUCCAGGUCCCUGCUUCCGGUUCCCUUGCUGAAGUUGGAGAACGCCACUCCCCAGGGAGUCCCUGAAGGCGAGGCCCUGUGGGGCAGCUGAGAUUCAGCAACAGAUGAGCUCAGUUCCCUCAAACUGGAAAUCCCCGGAGCAACGUGUGCAUCUCUCAUUGUUAGGGUUGCCGUCUGCUUCUCCUUCCAGCUGUGUGUGUCUGCUGAGACACAAGCAUGUGGCCCGUUUCUGGGAGUGGGUGGGAGGCAGCCCCUAACAGCCAUGGGGUGGACGCGGACACUGCAGCAUUGACCCAGAAGAUCAGAAGUAAAAUCCCAUUGAUGAUAGGAGACACGAUCUGGGGCCAGCCAGGUGGCAGCUUUGGAAUUCUUAGCCAAAAAGAAUAUUGCCAGACAGAGAGUAUCCUGAUGAAGUUAACUUCAGUUAAAAGCAAAGGAUUUGACUUAGCUUUUCCUUUCAAAGUUUGGUCUUAUUCCCACUGAAAGAAUCUCUCCAUCUUAGAGUGAAAGGUUUCUUUUAUCUUGUAUGCAAAAAAUGUUUACUACUAUUGAAAUGGCAAAAAGGUAACAUAGUAUUUGUCAGGCCGAUAUACACAGUCAAUGAAAAUCAAUGAAUGUUACGAAUAAGUGUAAGGUUCAAUAAGGACCGGGUCAUAGACACCAUUGAGCCUUGCUGGUGUAAAAUUAAUGCACGGCAGAUGAAAGUGGUAGUAUGUCUGUUGGAAGUACAGACACAUGAGUGACCAGGAAAUUAUUCUUCUUGGCCACCCCCAGGUUCCAUUAACACAGGGUUCACUGCCCUUUGGCUGAUCUGCUCCAGGAAGUAACAGUUGCAUGUGACGAUGUCAAAGCUCCGUGUUUUCCACACACAUUUCACAUUUCUCCAAAAAGCUGCUUUGAAAAAGCAUGGGACCAGGCACCUGCACACCGAGUCCCAGCCUGGAUUCACACCCAUGAGCUGGGCAGCCUUAGGCCCAUGUCUGUACCUCUCUGAGCCUCAGCUUUGUCAUCUGCAAGAAGGGAUCGAUCGAACUUGCUGCACUGCUACCUCACAGGGCUGCUGCUGGACUGAAAACUGUAGAGUGCUGUCCCAGGGGAGGUAACCUCAGUGCCAUCCUCAGCUCUCCUUGGCGGAGGAGUUGAACACAAUUCGUGUAUGAGUGUGCGUGUGUGAGUGUGGGAAGCAUAUUGCUUGUGUCCAGUUGCUUGAAGAUCUGCUACAUCUGCAAUUCCAACCGAGGGGUUUGUGCUGUGGCCACACUUGCAGGGGAGGGGCAGGUGAUGCCUGUAUGCAAAAUAAACUUUGCUUUCCUCAGAUGCUUGGAAA